CCGAUUUUGUUUGUGGAAUAUUGACUAAUGGUACCAUGAGAAUAAUUAUGAGAUCGACCGACGCGUAAUAUAUACUCCGAGAAUCAUUAUCCCGAAUUGGUAUUUAUGAAUGUUGGUGAAGUUUGUAUACAAGUGGAGCAACAGACUUAAAAUGUUUGUUUAAUGAACAGAGCAUUCAUUGGAUGGCAUUUUGAAUAUAAAUGUGACUGAAUUUGGUGAUGAUUACAAUAAACUGGAUAAAUUGAUAAGCGUUUGUAACACGCGUCCAGUUUUGCUGCUGACAAUUGAAACAAGGGGCGUGCUUUGCAAAUUUUGAUAAUCCAUAUAUAAAAAAUUACGCUGGUAACGAAAGAGACUAAAAUGUGGUUAAAAGGCUUUUACUGUGUCUUUUGAUAGCCAAUUUUACUAGCAAUAUAAAGAAGGUUAGAAGGACAUUUACAAAAGAUCAAGAAGAAAACUGCUGGUGGACAGUUAAUAAUAAUGAUGUCUAUUUAUGAAGUAUCAAAGGAGAUUCCUCCAUUCAAUGUAUGUGUGAUGCGGAGGAAAAGCUGUCAUUUUCGCCAGUGAUAGGACAAGGACAAAGAAAACUGUCGAUAUUUGCUGUGAAGAAGUGAAUCGAUAAACUAGAACGACUGAGAGUAUGUUAUUUGGGAACAUUUGCUUUAAAGAUUGUUAAAACGUGCAUUUGGCAGGGCUACCAAGUAAUCUACCAAAGUAUCCGUGAAUGCUGAAUUUCACGGUGCAGUACUGCAUAUAUGUUUACCGAGAAGCAAAAGAAUGGUGAUAUCAACAACAACUCAAUAAGAGUUGGUGAAUUCUGUCAACAGUAAUGAUGCCUAUGUUGACGACGACAAAUAAUUUACACUGGAAUCUUCAUGUUAUCUUUGUGUGCAUGUUGAAUGCAGCUUUACUCUCGCUUGCAACGAUAGAGAACGAUCAAGAGCAAACUGUAAACAUAGGUGUAAUAAUAGACAAUGCUGAUGCUAGAAUGAAACCGAUAAGACAUUCUAUAGAAAUAGCCAUGCAGGCUUCUAACAAGUCCAGAUCUGCAAAAAUGAACCCACUCAUUGAAACAAGCGACUUCAGUGACAGUUUCAAACUUGCACAAACUUUUUGCACACUAGUUGCCAAACAACCAAUCGCUUUAUUUGGCAUCAGUCGUGGUGAAGCGUUUAACAUUUUUGAAUCCUACAGUAGAGCCUUAAAUAUACCAAUGUUUUUACCCACCCAAACUCGAGGAACGACCGAAAAAGACAGCUUUUUGAUAAACAUGUGUCCUUCCGUCAUAGAUGCUUUAAUUGACGUAAUAAAGUACUUUCGCUGGGAGAGAAUAGUAUACUUGUUCGACUCAAACGAUGCGAUAUGGCGGCUGCAAAAGCUUUAUCAAGCAUUUAGCGGGAACAAAUAUUACGGCCGGACCCAGACUGUGAUUGACACUGUGCGUAUACCUGAUGUUGCAAACAUUAGAGAUCUCCUGCAGAAACUGGACAAACAAUUCAAAUGCAAGCUGGAUGCAAAGAUAUUUGUUAUAGAUCUCAGCUCAUUGCAAAAUUAUAACAUAUUUAUGAAACAGGUUGUAGAAGUUGGAAUGAAUAAAGACGGCUACCAUUAUAUUUUAGGAACGCUGGAUAUAAAUGGUAUGAAUAAAACGUUGUGGAAGUCAUUUACUUUUGGUGGUGUCAAUGUGACCGGUUUUCAGCUAGUGAAGGCCAAUCAUCGACAUGGUAUUCUCGCCGGACUUCUAGAAGAUAAUCAGCAACCAUCGGUAGAAGUGGCUUUAAAUGUUGAUGCCGUCGCAGUUCUAACCACAGCUGUUAUGGACAUGAUGGAAAUGAGAAAUGGAGAUAAAAAGAUAAUCAACUUUCGAAGAGGACAUCUGUAUAUGGACAUGAACUGUAGUUCAAACCCGGUCAGAGGAAUGAAAAAGGGGCAUUUAGUUUUGCAACAAAUUCUUAAUGUUACUUUGGAAGGUUCAAACGAAGGCUUGUCGGGAAAAGUGGCGUUUGAUAAAUAUGGAAACAGGAAGGGUUACAAACUAGAUAUGUUUCAUCUGAGUUACAACUCUGAAUUUCGAGAGGUUGGUUAUUGGGAGCAAGGUACUGGAUUAAGAGAUAUGUCACUCAAACCGUAUGCUGAUGAAGAUGAAGAGAAACCAGCAAAUGCGACAAUGAUUGUUACCACAAUUAUAAGCGAACCAUUCAUACAAUUGAAAGCGGAUGACAAUGGUGAGCCCCAUGUUGGAAAUGACAGAUUUGAGGGCUAUUGUAUAGAUAUGAUGAAACUGUUAGCAGAAAAGAUAGGCAUGAAUUACACCAUAAAAUUGGUCGAUGAUGAGGAAUUUGGAUCUCAAGUAAACAACUCGUGGAAUGGACUGAUUGGAGAGUUAUUAAGAAAGGAAGCUGACAUUGCUCUUGCUAGUUUAACGAUAACUCGCAAGAGAGAGGAAGCAGUUUAUUUUACCAAACCUUUCAUGAGCACCGGAAUUAGUAUCAUGAUAAAGAAACCGGAAAAAGAGAAACCUUGGGUGUUUUCCUUUAUGCAACCUUUAUCGUUUGAAGUUUGGGGAUGCAUAUUGUGUGGAUUUUUUGCUGUCAGUUUCAUUCUCUAUAUGGUGGGAAGAUUCAGUCCAUUUGAAUGGAGAAAUGAGGGUAAUGGAGAAAAGGCCCCAUCAGAUACUUUUUCAUUUGGCAAUAAUAUCUGGUAUUCAUUAGGUGCACUUUUACAACAAGGGCCGGAUGAAUUUCCAAGAUCGCUUUCAGGUAGAAUUCUUGCAAGUGCCUGGUGGUUUUUUACACUUAUCACAAUAUCCUCUUAUACAGCGAAUCUAGCUGCAUGCUUAACGUUUGAAAGACUAAUAACUCCUAUCAAUUCAGUAGAUGACUUAGUUAAACAAAGUAAGAUAAAGUAUGGUACACAAGAGGCAGGAUCAACUUAUGACUUUUUCAAGGAUUCUUCUGUGAUGGUGUAUAAACAGAUGCACGAAGUAAUGCAGGAAACUAGUCCCUCUGUAUACGUAGAAAAUACUAAAGCUGGCUGGAAACGUGUAAUCAGUGGGAGGGGCAAAUAUGCAUUUUUACUCGAGUCAUCCAGUAAUAAUUACUACAGUCAACGCAAGCCUUGUAAAACUAUGAAAGUAGGUAGAAAUCUGGAUGAAAAAGGAUAUGGCAUUGCAACAAGAAAAUUUUCACCUUUAAGUACUAAAUUGAAUAUAGCGCUGCUAGAAAUAAGAGAGAGAGGAGAUCUUCUUAAACUGGAACAGAAAUGGUGGUAUCAAAAAGGCCAGUGUGGAGGAACCGCUGGUGGGGGAAAAGGAAAGAAGGGACUUAAUCUGAGCAAUGUGUCUGGAGUCUUUCAUAUAUUGAUUGGCGGACUUGUUCUAGCAGUGUUUAUAUCCAUUUCACAGUUGGUGUUCUAUUCAUGUAUUAAGUCACGUUCUAAGAAGAGUACGUACAAAGUAAACAACGAUAUAAAAGUGCUUGAAGAGGAGCCUCUUUCUGGGAGCCGCUACAAAGCAACGACUGAACAGCGAUAUAAUACAUUUUGAGGCGAAGGACGAUAUCAUUAGCAAUCAGUCACAUUAAUGGUUAGCAGUUAUGUGUACUUUUGUUGGGUAGAAGACAUUGAAGAACAAAGUGCACAGUUUAACAGAAUAGUAUUGUUUUAAAACGCACGUCAAAUAUCCAUAUUAUAUUGCUAUCAUGUAUUCAAGAAUUCGAGCAAGUGCCCGAAGUAUCAUCCACAAUUUACAUCCACAGACACAAGGGAAAUCAAUUAUCCAGAUCUUAUAAAGGCGUACCAACAGCACUUGAAUAUAUUGAAGUGUUUUUACAUUUUCACAUCUUGAAUUCAUACCCUGAAUAUAUUUUGUGCCUUUCAGUUCUAAACUUUUAAGGCAUGUAAUCACAGCAUUUAGUAUUCUUUUAACUUUUAAGAUACUUAUAUCAUGAAGAAAUGUAUUCAAUAUGCAGAGUAUUCGAAACAUGAAUUUAUCGAUCAUGGUUCUAUCAUGAUCAGAAGGGUAAAACGUCUUCAAUAUAGACAUUUGCGAAUUAAGUCUACGUGGACUGUGGACACCUAAGACGAUCGAUUUUCAAGGGGACCGUCUCAACAUAAUUUGAUUAAUAUAUUAUGCGCGGUAGGAAAAAUAGUUUAUAACAGCAAUAGGGUUUGGGUUAUUAUAUCAUCACUAUGAGGUAGGUGAUAUAAAUUUGGAUGUGCCUGUUUUUAGCUCGACUUUUCGAAGAACAGGGACAUUUUGAUCCCAGCUGACCCAGUUUUUUUUUUUCAUUUCGGACGACGACGACGAUGGACUACGGAUACAUUGCGAUCAGAUUAGCUCAUCUUUUCAAGUUUGUCGCAGAUGCGCAAAUUAUAAUAUUGAAGAACAUUUCAGGAAAGUGUUAUGACGCUAGAUCAAAUACUUUUUGCGAUAUGCAUAACAAAACAUUUCUCUGGCGAACAGACGGACAGACAGACAAAUCAAAAUCUUAUCCUGUGUGGUGACAUAAUAAGCCGGACCUUACCAUCAUUAUAGGAAUGUUUUCCUACCACACAUAAUGAAACAAUUAAUAUACUUAAGGGAGGAUAUGAAGUGGAAGUGUGUAAUUUGAACACAACGACGCGUUUGUCCUACAGAAUAAUUUAAGGCUAUUAAUCCGAGCGCCUUUAAAACGAUUCAAAGACAAUAUAUAGCAGUACCAUAUUUUAAUAUAUCGAAACAAUAUCAAGAGGUUAUACCCCUGCGAAAUAAGGCUGCCGAGUGUGUUGCAAGACUGGAUUAAUACACGUCACGUAUAACCGCUACGUAGUGUUUAAUCAUAUUUAAACAUCGUCUGACUAUAUUUUUAUAAAUUCUUCUAUUCUCUUUAGUUAACAAUUUCAUUGCGCAUGUAUAUAGUAGGUCGACGUCGCGUCAAAGGGAACCGCGUUUAAACAAAGUCAAAUUAAGGGAGGAAUCACGACCUGUGGAAAAAAAAGUUAAUUGUGAGCAGACGUCUAGUAAGUUAUUCUGUGCGCUUAAUAAUAAGUUUAGAGUGUAUCAAUAUGGCGUAACAUUGGUCUGUUACUGAAACGUCUUUUAUACAAAAUAAUACACAAAUUUAGAAGCACCUUUUCCCGGCGCUUGUCGUGAUAGCGCCAAGUUAUAUGUCGACCUAACGUCAAUAUUGCCAUGUUUUGACGAAACUGCGCUUUUCCUUUUCUUAUUUUUUUCAUAUAAGAAUUUAAUUGAAACACCCUUCUGCUAUAUAUGAAUUUGAAAUUUUGUAGGUAUUUCAUCUAAAUUAAGAGACCAACUGUGGAAGCACUGCUUUUUUGUCCGUAUAAUUAAGUCGACAUAGCGCUAACGUUACCGGCUAUUACAAGACUAAGGAGUACAGAAAUAUCAUAACUGAAAAUAACAUGCCUACAUACUCUUAAAUGUCAGGUUUUAAAACGUUGUACUAUGCAUUUCCUGUCCUUUACAUAAUUGUAUAUGGAGCUUUUCAUACCCUUUUAAGAAUUUGUUUGUAAAUGUAUACAAAUGUGUUAUAUGUGUAUGUCGUGCUAUGCUGUAGAACAUAAGAUGACGGUUAAACAUGAAAAAGGUUCAAAAAAGUUGAAUAAAUUAAAGAAUUACUAUUUCUGCGUGGCGUUAAAAUGGGUCAAAUGAUCACAAAAUUUUGCUUUCUGUAAGAUUGUAAAUGACUGUUUUUCAGAAGACAGAAAUCGUAUUUCUAAGUUAUUUUUAUUCUGUGUUGAAAUUAUAAAUCAAAUAUGUGAGAUUAUUCAAUGGUUGUUUCAUAGCAAUAUGCGUAAGAGUAUUACUAUGCGAAUAUUGAUAAAAUACUGGAUCAAUAACGUCUUGUUGUUACUUUAAACGAAGACUAAAGUUGAUCUGAUGAAUUUAUUUUUUGUUAAACUUAACGGGUUUGUAUCAGUUCAAGACAGCUUACAUAUGGUUGUCUUACUAUUAAGAUCCAUGAGUCGAUGUUCUAGAAAAAAUAAUUUUUAAUUAACUUCUUUUUCACGCCAUUUCACCGUUUUGUGUUUGAAAGCAUUGCUUUCUUGCAAUGGUUCGAAGUUGAUAAAUACUGGAAACGGACUUGAAAUCUGAAGGAAGUUAGCAAUAAUAUUGUGGAAACUAAUGUGACCCAUUCUGUUUCAAAAACACAUAUAAUCACUCUAUCUCUGUUUGUAAAAUGAUCAAUAAUGUAUAUUAAAAAUUUCCUAGAAUUGAAUGACUUAAUAAAGAACAUUUCUGUAUAAUAGCGGAAAAGUACACACUU